AUGUUCGAUAAGUUGUUGUUCGUGGUUGGUGCGUGUUGUGCCCUUGCUUAUCUCCAGGUGGCUCGAACGGAGCAGAGUGAUUAUGAAAUCGAUCACGACGAAGAAGGCUUUUGGAUAGGCCACGGGCUCGGAAGUCGUAAAGAAGGUGACGAAGUCCUGACGGUGCUCCUCAAAUCCGUAGGCCCGUUCGUGGAACCGCAAAAUGUUACCGUUGUAGAGAAGUUCACCGCAGCUGAUGGUGAAAGUAUUACGUUUACACAAUUCAACUCAUCUAAGGUAUUGACAUACUUUCACGAAGUGGUACUUGAUUUCAACCCAAAAAACUUUUACAUCCGACUGAAGCUGUUCAACAUUACGAGUUUGCGCCUUCAACGAAUGGUUUACGGGUUUCGAUCGAAUGCGAUCAAACAGGACGCCAGCUAGAAAUGUUUUCCGCAA